ACGUUGCCAGACGUUUAUUUGUAAAGCAUCAAUGCGGACGAGGACUAUUUCUUGAUGUUCCCUAGCUUAUUUAUUUACGGAAGGAUAAAGACCGGUAGACAAUAAUGUUUUAUCAUAUUUCACUUGAGCACGACAUAAUGCUGCAUCCGCGGUAUUUCGGUCCGCAGCUUCUUGAAACUGUGAAGCAGAAGCUAUACUCGGAAGUGGAAGGCACCUGUACCGGGAAAUAUGGUUUUGUUAUUGCUGUCACUACAAUAGACCAAAUCGGUUCUGGUGUAAUACAACCCGGGCAAGGGUUUGUUGUAUAUCCAGUUAAAUAUAAGGCUAUUGUCUUCCGGCCAUUCAAGGGAGAGGUGCUGGACGCCGUAGUCAAGCAGAUAAAUAAAGUGGGAAUGUUCGCAGAAAUAGGCCCACUAUCAUGUUUUAUAUCACAUCAUUCCAUACCGGCUGACAUGCAAUUCUGUCCGAAUGGAAAUCCUCCUUGCUACAAAUCUAAAGAUGAGGAUGUUGUCAUCUCGGGUGAAGACAAGAUUCGCCUUAAAAUUGUGGGUACCCGUGUGGACGCAACAGGCAUCUUUGCCAUAGGAACAUUAAUGGAUGACUACUUGGGACUUGUCUGCAACUAGUUGGAUUUUGGUAUUUGUAUUGUAAGAUAAAUGAUUUGUAUGUAAGCAUAAGUCUCAACUAUUGUAAAACUCAGCUGAUUUUCAAAUUUGUAUUUGAUAUAAACCCAUAUCUAAAACAAA